CUUUGAUUUAUCAGUUCAAAUCUUUCAGAUGAAGUUUAGCAUCAACCGUUAGAACCAGCGUCCAAAAGUCUUUGUCCUUAUAGACCUUGAAUAACCUCUCAAUAGGAAGAUGGAGGCCGGCGAGCGUACUCCAUUGAUUGCGACGGUUCCUGUUGGCCAACCGCGCCAGAGAUAUGAGCAUGAUACAAUUCGUCGUUUCUUCACUAUAGCUGCAAUUUGUUGCUUGAUUAUCGCAGCAUUCAUUUUUGUUUUUGUUCUUCCUCUACUUGAAUAGUUUUGGAGGGCUUGAGUCUUCUAUAUCAUUUGAAAAUACUAAUAUUUAAACUCCUUGAGAGAAUGGUGCUCUUUCUCAUACCAAUACGCUGGUUCUUUGAAAUUCGAGCGGUUCAUCGAGGUAUUCAGUCCCAUUAUGGAAAAAUCAAAAUUAGCCAAUAAAUUCAUCCUCAGAUCUCCCCAAUUCUUCCUGCAUGUACCACUUCCACCAAUCUUGACAACAACUCCAAUAAUAAACAUCCAUCAGCACCACAUCAUGACUUCCCUACCCCACAAAAUCUAUAAAAUCCAAUGGUAUCUUGCAUUCCAAGAUCCUCUCAUGCCUCAGACUACACGCUACCACACCAACCUCUUCAUUGGAACCUUUCCAAAUGGCUCCGGUACAAUCUACGAAGUCAAUGGGGAUAUCGUCUCGGUUAACGGAAUGUCCUAUUUCCAAUUCCCUUCACCACCACCUAAAUCCGUCGAGUCAUUUUAUCGAAGUACUCUUCUAGGUGAAGUCAAUACAUCGGAUUUGCAUCGCGUGACAGAACUCCUGAAAGGUAUUCCCGCGCCUCAAAGACAGAGAUGGUUUAACCCCAGGAGUAUGAAGGUGGAAGCUUGUAAGGUGGAUGGAUCGCCGUAUGUUGUAGGAGAUGAUGUACCCCCGUUUUGGAAAUGUACUGAGUGGACGAAUGGGAUGGCUAUACCUGCUUUGUGGGAAAAUGGCUUGAUUAAAAUGGUUGAUGGAGGAGAGGUUGUUGGGACUGAUAUGGUGUAGAAUGGUCUUGUUGUAUGUAGUGGAGAUCAGUUUCAUUGUAGACAUCAGCUGCUGGAAAUGGAUGAACAUCAGCGGAUGAGAAACACUUCUAGAUGACUGAAGCAGGAUCAUUCAAGAAGUCAAUGUAUUUUUGCGGAGGAUGGGAUGUGUGAGGAAUAUCAUCGAUAAACCACCAAUAUCUUUCUACUUCCUCACAAAUAAAUCAUCAAAAUCAAAAACAAACUCUUUUC